UCUUAACUUGUUUGAUCGAGCCUGCCACAUCCAACAUCGCUCUUUUGGGCACAGUAGCAGAGCGCGCGCGCGCGCGCGCGCACACACACACACAUCUGUAUAUAUAUAAAACCCUUGCGGAUCGGAGAGUAGAAACUCGAAGUCGAGAGUGGAGAUCGCGAAUAAGGAAAAGAAAGAAGGAUGAAGAUCUUAGUUAAGACCCUGAAAGGCAGUACUUUUGACAUCGAAGUUAGACCUGAAGACACGGUUGCUGAUGUCAAAAAGAAUAUAGAAACAGCUCAAGGGGUAGCCGUUUAUCCUGCCGAGCAGCAAAUGCUUAUUCACCAGGCCAAAGUUCUUAAAGAUAACACCACUUUGGAUGAAAAUAAAAUUGUUGAAAAUAGUUUUGUUGUUAUCAUGUUAUCGAAGACUAAGAGCUCAUCCGGUGAUGGUUCAACUGCACCAACUGCCCCUACCACUAAGGCACCUACAACAAGUACCAUGGCAUCAACAACAGGACCUCAAGCUCCCACAUUGACAUCUGCACCGCCAGCAUCAGCUCCUGCUCCUGCUCCAGUUUCUUCAGUUGCUCCUGCGUCAGACUAUGUUUAUGACCAAGCAGCAUCUAGUCUGGUUGCGGGAAAUAACUUGGAGGUAGCAGUCCAGCAAAUUCUUGACAUGGGUGGAGGGACUUGGGAUAGAGAUACUGUUGUUCGUGCUCUUCGGGCUGCUUACAAUAAUCCAGAGAGAGCCAUUGAAUAUUUAUAUUCUGGUAUCCCAGAACAAGCAGAAGCUCCACCAGUGGCUCAAAUCCCUAUAGGCAGGCAAGCUCCUGCAGCCCAGCCUCAGCAGCAUCCAACACAAACUGCUGCAGUUCCUUCUGGUGGGCCAAAUGCAAAUCCUUUAGAUCUUUUCCCACAGGGCCUUCCCAUCGUGGGUUCAGGUGCUGGUGGAGCAGGAACUCUUGAUUUUUUGCGGAACAGUCAACAGUUCCAAGCCUUGCGAGCUAUGGUGCAGGCUAACCCCCAGAUACUGCAGCCUAUGCUUCAAGAGCUGGGAAAACAAAAUCCUCACUUAAUGAGGUUUAUUCAAGAGCACCAAGAUGAUUUUCUCCGCUUGAUCAAUGAACCUGUUGAAAGUGGAGAGGGGAAUGUGUUGGGGCAGCUUGCUGCAGCAAUGCCACAAGCUGUAACAGUCACUCCUGAGGAGCGCGAGGCAAUAGAACGUCUUGAAGCUAUGGGUUUUGAUCGUGCACUUGUAUUGGAGGUAUUCUUUGCCUGCAACAAGAAUGAGGAGCUGGCUGCCAACUACCUCUUAGAUCACAUGCAUGAGUUUUGAGGAUUGAUUUUGGUGGAAGUGUAGUCAAUCCUUAUGUCCUCUGGAAAAUGUUUCUUUUUAUUUACUCUUUUAACCCUUUUAUAUACCCCCCCAACUUUAUUUUUGAUAUCAAGUUUGGAGCUCUAUGAUGUGAAGUUUCUGGACAGGAACAAGAUGUAACAUUCCUACCCCGCUCUCUCCUUGGUUAGGGUUCUUACAUCUAUGUACAUGGUUGUCUUGGUAAAUUUGAUUUUUCUACGUAAAUUUCGGUUCUCUCUGGACUCUGAUGCCAUCUAACAAAUUCACUGAGAAUUCUCCGAACAGUGGGCCUAAGCAGUCCUAGGACACUGCUUCCUAACGUCUAUUUUGUUCUGCAUGUUCAGUAUUUUGUGGUGCUUGAACAGUGAUGGUGUUUUCUGUUAUUUGUGUUCUCCUCCCUGGGAAGCUGAUGAGGGAUGGUCGUGGCUAGGAAAUAUAUUCUGCAUCAAGGAUGAAAAAGCACUGUUCAACCGGUAUGUUAUGCUCAAGGUACCUGUAGAAAGGCUGCUACUUCCGGCCAUUGACAGUGUCAAAGCACCUAUCUGAGAGGUAUUUUUGUGACCGCCAGGGCGAGGUAUCACUUUUAUAACUUGUGUACAUCGAUCUUGAAUUGGAGUUUCUGUAGCUUGCUUCUUCAAAGGUAUCUGCUAUUAUUUAUAUGAAAGCUCCAACCGGAAAUUAGAGUCAUACUUCAGGUUCGUCGACUCACAAACGGGCUUUCAGAGGUGAUAUUUAUAAUAUGUUUGGUGGGGUACCUUACACAGCAGAAGAGAAGAUAAGCUCACCGUAUUUCUAACUUCCAUGACAACAUUCUUUAGUAGGUGGGCAUUACCUUCGGGGCGCCAUUUGAAGCUUCAUCUCAGUACGUAUCAUCAAUUUUUAUGCAUGAUGAGUUGAGUUGAAGGUCCCAAUACUGCAGUGUCGUUGGUAGUAAGAACCACACAGAGAGGAGCGUUCCCUCGCAGGUUUUCGGCAUCUGUUACGGUAUUAAGCAUUCAUAGGGUAUUUGAGGGCUUCCAUGGAUAUGGUCCGGCUGGAAGCUAGAAGACUAUUCUUUUGGUGUCUCUCUAAUGCGUAAGGUGAACACUAGCACUGCCGAGUGAAAUAAAUUGGUACUUUUACGAGAUUUUCUAGUAGAUGCAAUGAUAGCAAUGCUUUGAAUAGCUCAACACAUUAUUGGAUGAAUACCAGUUUUUUUAUGGGUUAUAUUCUCAUGUAAAAGUUUGUGCAUUGAAUUAGAUUAUGGAUUUGGUAUUAUUUUCAUAUCUGUUACACAACAUAUAAAUUUAUGUGCUGGCUUUA